UCAUUUUAUUAUCGAAUUUACUAUGGAAAGAGAUGAAAAGUGAAGAGAUUCACGGUUCCGAUAGCUCCUGAGCGUUUCAAUGUGACCUGGUUCACCGUAGAAAGUAUUCCCUUCUCCGCACUACUGGACUCACAACUACUCAAGGAUUAAUUCAAUGAUGAGGAGCGUCCGGAUACUCCGGUCCAUUCGACAUUACUCGAGUUAUGCUGCAACACCAAGAGUUUGCAUUGUGGGAGCUGGACCUGCCGGUUUUUAUGCCGCCCAGCAAUUAAUAAAGGCGUCCAACGACGUGGAAGUCGACAUUCUAGAGCGUUUGCCUGUUCCCUUUGGCCUAGUAAGAUUUGGAGUUGCUCCGGAUCAUCCAGAAGUUAAAAAUGUCAUCAAUACGUUCAAUAAAACAGCGAAGAACCCCCGGGUCAAGUUCCUGGGGAAUAUUAAUGUGGGGAAGGAUGUGACUGUCGAGGACUUAAAGAGGAAUUAUCACGCAGUUCUAUUGACUUAUGGAGCUGAACAGGAUAGAGUUCUAGGAAUUCCAGGAGAAGAUCUGUCCAAUGUUAUCUCUGGACGUGAGUUCGUGGGCUGGUACAAUGGAUUACCGGCGAAUAAAAAUUUGAACAUUAAUUUAGACGUUGAAGAGGCUGUUGUGCUGGGCCAGGGGAAUGUUGCGGUUGAUAUCGCGAGGAUUUUAUUGACUCCUAUCGAUGAGUUGAAGAAAACAGAUAUAACUUCUCACGCCCUGGAGCAGCUCUCCUGCAGCAGAAUCCGGCGCGUCCGGAUGGUGGGCCGACGAGGACCCCUCCAGGUGGCCUUCACCAUAGCAGAGCUUCGAGAGAUGACAAAGCUCAAGAGUUGCUGUACCAUCUGGCGCCCGGAGGACUUCGCAAGAGUCUCCGACGUCGUGCCAAGUCUUGUAAGACCCAGGAAACGACUCACAGAGCUCAUGCUAAAAAAUCUUUCCGAACAGGAGGGUCAGCCCUCAGGGCUCAAACAAUUCGCCCCAAUUUUCCUCCGGGGACCGCGGGAAAUCGUGGGCUCCACUUCGGUGGAACAUAUUAAACUCUCAGUGAAUCGACUAGAAGGUGAGGACGUUCUCAACCAGAGAGCAGUGGCCACGGAGGAGGUGGAGGAUAUUCCCUGUGGCCUAGUGCUCCGCAGCAUCGGAUAUAAAUCAGUCCCGAUUGAUCCGUCAGUUCCCUUCGAUUCCGAACGAGGGAGAAUCGAUAACUCCUCUGGAAAAAUUGGUGAUUGUCUUUAUGCAGCUGGGUGGGUGGCCACUGGGCCCGUGGGGGUGAUCCUCUCGACCAUGACGAAUGCGUUUAAUGUUGGUGGCUUGAUUUUUGAGGAGCUGGAGGCCAGGGAGGUGAAGCCAGGGGCGGAGGAAGUCGUGAGGAUCCUCAGGAGCAAGGGAAUUCGACAUGUGUCUUAUGAGGAGUGGGAGAAAAUUGAUAAAGUCGAGCAGGAGAGGGGGAAACUCAAGGGAAAACCGAGGGAAAAAAUCGUGGAUGUGGAUGAAAUGCUAGAGUUUAUUGGAAGACCCGAUUCAGUGGGUGAUUCUCGUCCUGAGUAUCCCCAAAACCAGGGUCGUUCGUGUUACAGGAGGAGGAAUAGAAAGGAAAGUGACGAAAAAAAAUAUUCAAGAUUUGUGAAACACUAAAAAUCGAUUUUAGAU